AUGAGCAUUGCACCAACUUCUGCAGCUUGGGUGAAGUACGACAUGAGCAUUGCACCAACUUCUGCAUCUUGGGUGAAGGACAACAUGAGCAUUGCACCAACUUCUGCAGCUUGGGUGAAGUACGACAUGAGCAUUGCACCAACUUCUGCAGCUUGGGUGAAGUACGACAUGAGCAUUGCACCAACUUCUGCAGCUUGGGUGAAGUACGACAUGAGCAUUGCACCAACUUCUGCAGCUUGGAGCCACCCUACACCACAGGGCCAUCCUACACCACAGGGUCACCCUACACCACAGGGCCACCCUACACCACAGGGCCACACCACACCACAGGGCAACACCACACCACAGGGCAACACUACACCACAGGGCCACACCACACCACAGGGCAACACCACACCACAGGGCAAGGCCACCCUACACCACAGGGCCACCCUACACCACAGGGCCACACCACACCACAGGGCAACACCACACCACAGGGCAACACUACACCACAGGGUCACCCUACACCACCUUACACAACAGGGUCACCCUACACCACCUUACACCACAGAGCCACCCUACACCACAGGGCCACACUACACCACAGGGCCACCCUACGCCACAGGGCAACACUACACCACAGGGUCACCCUACACCACCUUACACCACAGGGUCACCCUACACCACCUUACACCACAGGGUCACCCUACACCACCUUACACCACAGAGCCACCCUACAACACAGGGCCACCCUACACCACCUUACACCACAGGGUCACCCUACACCACAGGGUCACCCUACACCACCUUACACCACAGAGCCACCCUACACCACAGGGUCACCCUACACCACCUUACACCACAGAGCCACCCUACACCACAGGGCCACACUACACCACAGGGCCACCCUACACCACAGGGCAACACUACACCACAGGGUCACCCUACACCACCUUACACCACAGAGCCACCCUACACCACAGGGCCACACUACACCACAGGGCCACCCUACACCACACCCCACAGGGCCACACUACACCACAGGGCCACCCUACACCACAGGGCCACACUACACCACAGAGCCACCCUACACCACAGGGCCACACUACACCACAGGGCCACCCUACGCCACAGGGCAACACUACACCACAGGUACUUGCCGCUAGGCUGUGUAACACACAUGUGGCAGUACAACUUGUAUAUUUGCUGUCGCCCCCAACCCUCGGCCAUUACCCCACAGGAUCAAAGACAGGGUCAGCUGCUCAACGCUGCAACACCCACAUGGGCAGGAGGGGGAGGGGCUGGAUGGGUAACGGGCAGGGCUGGGGAGGGGCUGGAUCCGUGGGGGCGAAGCAUGGGCAGUGGGCAGGACUGGGGACGGCUGGGGGAGAGGUUGAAGAUGGGUUUUGUUGGUUCGGGUCCGGGAUGGAGUUCAGUUUCAUGGUGGAGCAUCAGAUGGGUGUGGAGUGUCAGAUGGGUGUGGAGCGUCAGAUGGGUGUGGAGCAUCAGAUGGGUGUGGAGCAUCAUAUGGGUGUGGAGUGUCAGAUGGAUGUGGAGUGUCAGAUGGGUGUGGAGCAUCAGAUGGGUGUGGAGCAUCAGAUGGGUGUGGAGCAUCAGAUGGGUGUGGAGCGUCAGAUGGGUGUGGAGCAUCAGAUGGGUGUGGAGCAUCAGAUGGGUGUGGAGCAUCAGAUGGGUGUGGAGCGUCAGAUGGGUGUGGAGCAUCAGAUGGGUGUGGAGCAUCAGAUGGGUGUGGAGCAUCAGAUGGGUGUGGAGUGUCAGAUGGGUGUGGAGCAUCAGAUGGGUGUGGAGGGUCAGAUGGGUGUGGAGUGUGGGGUGUGGAGCGUCAGAUGGGUGUGGAGCUCAGAUGGAUGGGUGUGGAAGCAUCAGAUGGGUGUGGAGCAUCAGAUGGGUUUGGAGCAUCAGAUGGGUGUGGAGCGUCAGAUGGGUGUGGAGCAUCAGAUGGGUGUGGAGCAUCAGAUGGGUGUGGAGCGUCAGAUGGGUGUGGAGCGUCAGAUGGGUGUGGAGCAUCAGAUGGGUGUGGAGCGUCAGAAGGGUGUGGAGCAUCAGAUGGGUGUGGAGCAUCAGAUGGGUGUGGAGCAUCAGAUGGGUGUGGAGCAUCAGAUGGGUGUGGAGCAUCAGAUGGGUGUGGAGCGUCAGAUGGGUGUGGAGCAUCAGAUGGGUGUGGAGCAUCAGAUGGGUGUGGAGCAUCAGAUGGGUGCGGAGUGUCAGAUGGGUGUGGAGUGUCAGAUGGGUGUGGAGCAUCAGAUGGGUGUGGAGCAUCAGAUGGGUGUGGAGCGUCAGAAGGGUGUGGAGCGUCAGAUGGGUGUGGAGCAUCAGAUGGGUGUGGAGCAUCAGAUGGGUGUGGAGCAUCAGAUGGGUGUGGAGCAUCAGAUGGGUGUGGAGCGUCAGAUGGGUGUGGAGCAUCAGAUGGGUGUGGAGCAUCAGAUGGGUGUGGAGCAUCAGAUGGGUGCGGAGUGUCAGAUGGGUGCGGAGGUCAGAUGGGUGUGGAGCAUCAGAUGGGUGUGA